CAGCAGGGCUCCUUCCUUCCAGCAGGGGGCAGCAGGGACACACACACACACACACACACACACACAGGAAACGAAAGUGAAACCCAUGAGCCCGCAGGUCGCCUCCAGCAGGGGACAAGGACAGAUCUGGCCCCACUUGGGAGUGCUCUCCCAAGCCCCAUGGCUGAUCAGACCCCCCCGGAGAGCACCUUCACGGAGGAGUAUGACAUCAUCACCGACGAGGACAUCGUGGAGAUCAGGGACGCCCUGGAAGGGGGCCGGAUGGACGAAGCCGCCUCGAAGAUCCUGGAGAGCCUGGAGGCCUUGGAGAACGCCCGGCUGGACAUUGCCGUGACCGGGGAGUCUGGCUCCGGCAAAUCCUCCUUCGUCAAUGCCAUCCGCGGCCUGCAGGACCAUGACGAGGGAGCGGCCGCCACGGGGGUGGUGGAGACCACCAUGGAGCCGACCCCGUACCCCCACCCCAGGCACCCCAACGUGACGCUGUGGGACCUGCCAGGCAUCGGCACCCCGGAGUUCCAGUCCCACACCUACCUGGAGCGGGUGGGCUUCCCCCGCUACGAUUUCUUCAUCCUCAUCGCCUCCGAGCGCUUCCGAGCCAACCAUGCCCAGCUGGCCCGGGAGAUCCAGGACAUGGGCAAGCGCUUCUACUUCGUGCGCUCCAAGGUGGACAACGACCUGGACGCGGCCAGAAAAAGGCGGUCGGCGAGCUACAGUGAGCAGGGGGUCCUGACGCAGAUCCGGGACGACUGCUGCCAGCGGCUGCUGGCCGAAGGGGUGGCUUCCCCAACCGUCUUCCUCCUCUCCAGCUGGGAGCUGGGCAGCUACGACUUCCUGGCGCUGGAGGAAACCUUGGCGAAGGAGCUGCCUAGCCACAAGAGACACGCGUUCCUCCUGGCUUUGCCCAACAUUUCACUGGGCGUCCUGCAGAGGAAGAAGGAAGCCAUGCAGAGGCAGAUCUGGAAGCUGGCCACUAUCUCCUGCAGCGUGGCCGCUGUCCCCAUCCCGGGGCUCUCGGUGGCCUGCGACAUGACCAUCCUGGUCAAAACCCUCUCUAAAUACCGCCAGACCUUCGGCUUGGACGACGAGUCGCUCUGCAAGCUGGCUGAGAAGGUGGGCAAACCCGUGGAGGACAUCAAAGAGGCCAUCAAGUCGCCUCUGCCCAGGGAGAUCUCCAGGGACCUGGUGCUGAAGUUGCUGACCAAAGCCGGAGGAGGAGCACUGAUGUUCAUUGAGUACCUGGCCAGCACGGUGCCGGUGUUUGGGUCCAUGGUGGCCGGGGGGAUCUCCUUCGCAACCACCUAUUACAUGCUCCGCAGCUUCCUCGACGAAGUCGCCAGGGACGCCCACAGCGUCCUCAUCAAGGCCUUCGAGACGGACGUUUGAAGGAGGGGCGGCGGGGGGGAGGGGGGGGGGGGGAUCUUGGCCGCAGCACUGAGCUCAGUCUGCCGGCCAUGGCAGAGAUUUCGGUGCCGGCUCCUCAGCGAGAAGAGGUCGGUGUUGGGCUGAUGGACACCAGCUGGGAAGUCGGCGGGUAUCAGAGCAGCAUGUGACCAGCUGGCCUCCAUGGGACCCACAGGCUCUCCGGACUUGUCCCGAAGGGCACCUGCUCCGUGCCAGCGGUGCUGUCUCCCACCAUGGAGGGGGAAAGCAACCCGGGAGGGUAACGGGAGGCCACAGGCUGUGGUGCUAUUUUGGGGCCCUGUAGGGGGAGCCUUGCAGCUCCCAGUGGAGGAUUGUGGGAGCUCAGCACCCCUGGUCUGGGAUCAGCCUCGCUUUGGUGCAAUCAGGGUGUGGUUCAGUAAAACGUGGGAUUGUUUUGCGGGUGGUUGAUUAAAAACAAACUUUAAAUUAAA